AUGAACACACAAGAGCGGCAUGCGCAUCUCCACGCCCACUCGAUGGUGGGCAACUUCCGCAGACCCAGCGUCUUUGCGGCAACACCUCGACCUUUCUUGGGUGUUCAAGCGCCGGAGACGUUGGUACCCAUCGAACAGGACUACGAUGCCGGCAUUCGAGAAGAGAGGAGCUUGCUUCGGGACAACCAUCUCAUCCCGCCCAAACAUCCACGCAGGAGAGAAAGUGAGCCCUCCAAGCCGUCGGACAGCACCGUCCAGCGUCUCAUACACCGCAUGUCCAUUGCCGCCCUGGGCCAGCGCAAACCCAACCACCAAGCCGUUGACGAAGAGGCGGUAGCGGACGAAGACGCCAACGGCCAACCCUCCGAAACCACCGCACUCCUCUCCAACGGCGCACCCGUCGGCCGCGAUCCCUCGAAGCCCUACGGCGGCGAAGACGACCCGGAGAACAUCGACGCGAAAUGGGAAGAAGCCGUCGUGUCCGGCAAAAUCACGACCACCUGGCAACGCGAAACCAAAACGCUCCUCCGCUACUCCUUCCCGCUCAUGCUCACCUUCCUCCUCCAAAACAGCCUAACCAUGACCUCCAUCUUCACCGUCGGCCACAUUGGCAAGAUCGAACUCGGCGCCGUGUCCAUCGGUAGCAUGACGGCCAACAUAACCGGCUACGCCCUCUACCACGGCCUCGCCACCAGCCUCGACACCCUCUGCGCCCAAGCCUACGGCAGCGGCAAGAAAACACUCGUCGGCCUCCAACUCCAACGCAUGGUCUGGUUCCUCUGGACAAUCACCAUCCCCAUCGCCCUCAUCUGGCUCGCCGGCACCCAAAUCCUCCUCGCCAUCCUGCCGGAGCCCGAAAUCGCCAUCCUCGCCGGCCGAUACCUCAAAGUCCUCAUUAUCGGCGCGCCAGGGUACGCCUGCUUCGAGAGCGCGAAACGCUACGUCCAGGCUCAGGGCCGCUUCGACGCGACAAUGUACGUCCUCCUCAUCGCCGCGCCACUGAAUAUCUUCAUGCAUUGGCUGUUCGUGUGGAAGUUCGAAUGGGGUUUCAUCGGCUGCCCGAUCGCCGUCACCAUCACCGAAGUCCUCAUGCCCUUGCUCCUACUCGCCUACGUCCGGUUCGUGGGCGGGAUGGAAUGCUGGGACGGCUUCACCUGGACCGCCUUCCAGAACUGGGGUCCCAUGGUCCGUCUCGCGUUGCCAGGAUUGGUGAUGGUGAUGGCGGAAUUCCUCGCCUUUGAGAUUCUGACUCUCGCUUCCGCCCGCUUCGGCGCGACGUACCUGGCUGCCAAUACGGUGCUGCAGAGUCUCAGCGUCGUGGCGUUCUGUCUGCCCUUCCCGCUCAGUAUCGCCACGUCUACGCGCGUGGCGAAUUUGAUCGGGGCGACGUUGCCGGAAGCGGCGAAAGUUACUGGACGUGUCAAUCUGGUUAUCGGCGCGGUGAUUGGGUUGUUCAAUGCGGCGAUAUUGUUGGGGUUGAGGAAUCAUAUCCCUUGGCUGUACACCAACGACCCGGAGGUCGCGGAGUUGGCGGCCAAAGUCUUGCCCGUCAACGCCGCGUUCCAGCUCUUCGAUUCGUUGGCGAGUCAGAUGAACGGUCUGCUACGCGGGUUGGGGAAGCAGGAGGUCGGGGGGUAUGUCGGGUUGUUUGCUUAUUAUGCUGUCGCCAUGCCCAUCUCCUUCGGCCUCGGCUUCGCCCUCGACACACGCCUGUACGGUCUCUGGACCGGGCCGGCCAUCGCGUUGGGCAUCGUCGCCGUUGCGGAGGGCGCGUAUAUCUGGCGUUAUGACUGGAGUAAGGCGUCGGAUGAGGCUGCCAAGCGGAAUGCUGCUGGUUGA